AUAACACUGCUCCACGUUAGGCGUGCUCCAACUGAAAGGAAAAGCAUUAGAAUUUUGAACAAACUAUGGAUGACGAGGAGGAUCCCAUCGUGGAGGAGAUUCCUGUCUUCCUCUCGAAGAACCUCCAGGACAGCUUGUAUCUCUUCCAAUAUCCGACGAAAACAGAGCUGGCGAACCACGAUGACUCCGUGGUUGUGAACUGCUGCGUCAAACCAUUCGCCCAGGAGGUGAAGGUGGAUUUCGGACUGGACACAGAGUCGGGCCACUACGAUCGCUUCAAGGGCGAGCAGUUUGCCCAGGCCGCCGAUGGAAAAAACACCUAUGGAGCAGCUCCGCCCAAAGGCGUGGAGAGGCCCACCUACAAGCGCGGCAUCAUGGACAAGCAGGCCUUCACCAGCAGCCGCUCCCUCACGGACGUGACCAAGUACAUUGUGGGCAUCUACACGGACCGCGAGGUGCACCUAUCCCCAUUGACCAGUAUCGUUCAACUGCGUCCGGCGCUCAGUCACUUCGACAAGGAGGACAAGCGCAAGAAGGCGGAACAAAAGGCACAAGCCGAGGACCCGGAGGAAGAGGAGGUGCUUCAGCAGGUCACCGUUAAGUUCGCCCGCGGUAACACCAAAAGCAAUGCCAAGGAGCAGAGAGCAGGCACUUACGAUGGCUUCGUGCAGCGGAUUGCGGAUGAACCCUGGUGCGAGGCGUAUUGGCAUCCAAGGGGCACCCCCACUGCCGAGCUGGAGCGCCAGAAGCUAUUCGCCACCAGUCACCAGUCUAACCAGGCGUUGGCUCUCAACGCCGGGGACUAUCUCAAGCGGCUGUUGCCCUACGAUGAGCAUGUGCAGCCAGUGGAGGCUGCCGCUCCGGCUGCUGCAGCUGCUCAAGUACUUCCUGUAUAUAAUAAGGCCAUGUUGAGGACUAUGCCGUUGCUAGAGCAACUGAGGGUACUCCUCCGAGAUGCUAAAAUGCUUUCGUUCGGGGAUCUCCUCGAGGUGCUGGUCGAGCACGUGGAUCCGCAUGUGGCGGCAGACAAGGUGUUGGCCUUGCUGCCCCAGGUGGCCAUUCUGCUGCACGGCAACUGGGUGCCCCGCUCCGAAGUGGUCUUUCCCGAGAAAAUGCUCUCCCAUGCAAACGGCGUAGCCGCAGAGCAGAUGAUACGUGCCAGGGAUUACAUUUUAUUCCGAUUCUCUCGCACCGCCUGCCUGUACCGCGCCCAGGUGAUGGCCGCCACCCAGUUGCCACCGGCGGAAACGCUAGACGUUCUGAGGACGGUGGCCCGGGUGAAUGCCACGAAACGCUGGGAGCUGCUACUGCCACCGGACAAGGAGUUCGAGCAGAAGCAUCCGGAACUGGUGCAGCGGCAGGAGCUCCAUUGGCGCGCCUCCGAGCAGCACUACAACGAAAUGGACUGGGCCAAGGAAACGAAGAGGGUACGGAAGCGUUCCACCCGCAAGAGCGAGUCCUCGACCCAGUCUUCGAACACAUCCAUGCCGCCGCCUGCCCUCAAUCAAGUAGCUAACACUCCUGCGGAAACGUAGCAGUGUGUGUCCUUAAAGUUAAGAAGGAGCUGCCAAAGUACGUGGAGGAGUCACAUGCUAAACCUAGAUACUAAUAAAAGAAAGACCAACAAGUUUAUUUUGUUACAA